AUGUGUGGUAAAUGUAUAUUUCGAAGGAUGAAUGACUUCUUAUAGCAAAGAAUAUAAUAUUAUCAUAAUUAUGUGAAUAGUAUUUCAACAAACAUAAUACAGUUCCCAUGAAGUUCUGUUUUAUGUACAUUCUAUUAUCUUUUAUUUAAUAUGAUUUUACAUCUUUAAUAUGUGAAAGCAAAACGAGUAUUAUAGGACAAAUAUGUCGAGACAAAAAAUGGGUCUCAGUCAGUGACGAUCUUCUUUUGAAAUAAAAAAAAAUUAAAAAAAAAAAACAGAUCGACACAGAUCGACACAAACGUAUUCCAAAUCAUGUACAUGGAACAUAUACAUGUACCAGAAGUUACAUUUAAAACAUGAUGUGCGCAUAGUGUGUGUUAAUUUCAGGUUGGACCCACAUACGGUCGGAAAAUGAUGACAGGCCAUUUAUCAAGCAAAGGAAUCAACGUGUCUGAGGCUAGAGUUGGUAAAGCAUUAGCGACAGUUAAUCCUCGCUACCAUCAUUUACGACAGCAGGGAUCACGAAACUUUAAUCCUGUUCCAUAUCAGGCUGAUCAUUUUGGACAUAAAAUCCAUCUUGAUCAAAAUGAAAAACUUGUGAUGUUUGGUGUUACACAUGUUAUAGCUGUGGACGGUUACAGUGGUAAAAUUGUUGGAUACACGUCCAUGCCAGUUAAGAAUAAUAUUACUAUUUACGAAGACGUGUACAGAUCAGCAGUGUUAAAGUAUGGGAUGUGGGAUCAAAUGAGAGUUGAUCAUGGCAAAGAAUUCUUCCUCUGUCUAUACAUGCAAGAAAAAAAUGAACAAUACCGUAACCGCAGAGAAUAUCAACCUUAUUGUCAGACCACAUCUAUCAAAAAUCACAGAGUUGAAAGAUUGUGGGUUGAGAUAAAUAACAGACUAAACUUUCCAAUUAAAAGAGCAAUUGUUCAGAUUGUAAACAAUAACAGGAUCGAUUUGGAUGAUGAUAUAGUAAAGUAUUGUGUUUCAUCUUUAUUGUUAAACUUGUGUCGCAUCGGAUUGAAAACAGUAGUCGAGUCAUGGAACGCACAUCCAAUUCCAGGAAAGGGGAAGCCGAACGAGUUAGCUUUUCUAAAAGCACACACAGGUGAUAUUCCUCCGGAAUUGCUUCCAUCUGGUCGAGAUGCAGCAGAGAGCUAUAUGCAUGAUAUUGGAUCAAGCUUAAAGAUUCCUAGGGAUUUUGCCCCCAAUCCUUUUUAUACAGAAGAUGAUAUGCUGGAAUGUGAAAACACCUUGAAAAUGAGAUAUCCAAAUCUUCAAGUUUUAAUUAGUGAAUGUUUGAAUAACAAUGACAAACCUUUACAAGAUGCAGCAGAGUAUAUAAUACAAAUAACAAAAAACAUACUGUCAAGGUAAACAGGAAAGUACUUUUUGGACGCAUUAAAUAAGUACAAAUUGCACAUUCUAAAGUAUUUAUUGAAAUACAAGAAUAAAUGCAAGAUAAAAAUAAUGGACAUUGAUCAACAAUGUUACAUGAAACAUGAUGCUAUCAUUAAUAAAUUGUUGUCUACAUUUGUUGAAAUAAAAUUGAACAAAUACAAUUAUAGAAAAGACAGAAAGUUCAUUUUGCUUACUUUUUCUUUAAUUAUCAUCAUUUUCAACUUCUCUGAGAUACGGAUUAAGGCGUCAAAUUAUUUUACCUGAUAAUGUGACAGGAGAACACACUUAUAAUGUAAUGCAUUGCUUUAAGAGAGUAAAUGCAAAUAAAAAAAAACACCUACUCUAUCCCAUUCAGAUUUUCACAGAGUCUACUAGUUUUUGGAAAAAAUUAAUCAAAAUUUUAGCUGUAACUCAAAAUAUGCACAAUUUAAUUUAAGGGUUUCUUUAAUCCAGUUUGACAUACCCCAAUUUUUUGAUAAUGUAAUUUCAUCCACAAAUUUACUAUUUAAUGUUCAAAAUAUAAAGAUAUAGAUUCAGAAUAUGUUGGAAACACUUGUUAUACACUAUCCACACUAUAUGAAGAACAAUAACUGUGUCCCAAACAAAUGUUUACCUAAUAUCUUUAGCUGGUACAACAGUACAUGUAUGUGUUGUGUUUUUUUGGGGUAUUUUUUAUAAAAUACUCAACAAUGUUUUGAAUUGCAAUUAACAAACCAUAUAUUUACAAACAAUUACAAGAUUUGAAGAGCGCCUCCUGCUUUAUAUGUAAUACACAUGUUGCAUAUUGUUAUGUUUCUGAGUUAUUUUUGUACCGUGAAUGCGCAGUCUGCUUAGAGUGCUGCAUGAUAUGUUGUUUUCCCACAUUAGUUAUUUUUUUUAUAAGGUAAAUGAUAUUUACAAAUAACCAUAAAGGUAAAUUUAUAUGUUUAUAAAGGAAAAUCAGUGUUUUUUUUUAUUCUUUCUGAAUAAAUUACAUCUGUAAAAUAUACAAUUAUUUAAAAAUUAUUACAAACAGAAAAAAAUAUAUUAGUUAACCAGGGUUGGCAAAGUAUUACGCGCUCCAGAAAAUCACGGGCUGGGCAAUACUCCUAGAAAUGGGUUAUACUGGGCAUUAUGAUUUUUUACACUCAUUUCAACACAAAUAGUAAAGACUUGUUGUAGAUUCAUAGUAUUAUAGCUAAAUGUAUAAUUUUAUACAGAUAACCAUUGACAGACUGAGUAAUUUCUAGAAAAUUCAAUUUCAUUCUCUUUUCCACAAAUUCUAUGUAGGCAAACUACAAGCUUUGCACAUUUUAGGAUACCUAGCGUUGUUUCAACAAUCCAAACUUUGAAAAAAAAUGCAUUUUAUUGGAGUGGUUAAGUGAAUUGUACAUUUGAAUUCACGCGGCAAUAUAUGCAAUCAUAUCGCCAAAUAAACACCCUACUGGGUUUUGUCAUUAACAUUUAUAGAAAUGAAAAGGCUGAUUAUUGUUAUAUAAACAUAUCUGUGUUCUAAUCUGAAUAAUUAGUUAUCAAUUAUUUAAUAUUAAUUUUUCUUACAUACAAUUAUUAGUAAUUCGCAAUAUUAGUUAUAUAUUUGAAGAAAAAAAAAUCAAUUCCUUUGACCAAUCCAGACAGAAGUGUGAUUUAAAGACUUAUUGGAGAAUUAUUGAGAAAUGCUUUUUCCAUUUAUAUGUCUAAUGCAUCUUCAUGGACAUGUGUCUCAUAGUUGCUAGAAUAAUAAUUUGAAGUUUCUCAGAUGUAUACACUUGUACAUGAAAUGUAAGACUCUCACACAAGUACAGUUAUUUAUGAAUCAAUUUUUUUUAAAGAUAUAGGCCAGUAUAUCAUAUUACCCAGUAUUUCUCAGUAAAACUUAGUACAACCUGGGUUUUCUAAUUAUUUCCCACUGGACUUGGCAAUUCACAAAACCCGGGAUUUUUGCCACCCCUGCCAUUCACCUAUGGCAAAUAUACGUUGCCCUCAAUGAGCGUUAGGUAAAUAAACAAAUAUAAUGUUUUUAGUAUAUAACUAGUCUGAUACUCAGUGUUUACAAAAAUAAAAAUAAAGGUUACAACCAAUUGUUA